AUGGCCGAGGUCGUCGAUCCCAAAGAGCAGUUUCGCUUGAUUACCAGAAACCUUCAAGAAUACUUGAAUGGCCAAAUCAUUGAAAACGUUUUGCAAAAUGAAAAAAGACCAGUGAAAGUUUACUGGGGAACCGCACCCACUGGAAGACCCCAUUGUGGUUACUUUGUGCCAAUGGUAAAGUUGGCCGAUCUCUUGAAAGCAGGAUGUGAGGUGACUGUGCUCUUGGCAGAUUUGCAUGCCUUUUUGGAUAACAUGAAAGCACCAUUGGAAACUGUCCAGUUUCGUGCUCAGUACUAUGGAAAAUUAGUGAAGGCUAUCUUGAAGUCCAUCAAUGUUCCUAUUGACAAGCUCAAGUUUGUGGUCGGAUCGUCGUACCAGCUCAGCGAAAAAUAUACAAUGGAUCUUUUCCGGUUGUCUAACAUCGUUUCACAGAACGAUGCUAAGAGAGCAGGUGCUGAUGUCGUCAAACAAGUGGCCAACCCAUUGUUGUCUGGUCUCAUUUACCCCUUGAUGCAAGCAUUGGACGAAGAGUUUUUGGAUGUGGAUGUACAAUUUGGAGGUGUAGAUCAGCGGAAAAUCUUCGUUUUGGCUGAAGAAAACUUGCCUGGUUUGGGUUACAAAAAGAGAGCACAUUUGAUGAACAAAAUGGUUCCUGGCUUGGGACAAGGUGGUAAAAUGAGUGCUUCCGACCCUAACUCCAAGAUAGAUCUUUUGGAAGACCCAAAGGUUGUCGUCAAGAAAAUUAAUAGUGCAUACUGUGCUCCUGGUGAUAUUGAGAACAAUGGUCUCAUUGCUUUCAUCGAGAACGUAAUUCUUCCAAUCCAGCAGUUGCACGCAGGCAAAGACGAGGGUGUGUUCAAUUUUUUCAUUGAUAGACCAGACAAAUACGGUGGUCCAAUCACCUACACAUCGUUGGAUGAAUUGAAGGAUGACUACAAGAAUGAUAAAUUAUCCCCUGUGGAUUUGAAGUCAGGAGUAUCAAGUCAAAUCAACGCUUUAUUAGCUCCUAUCCGUGCUGAGUUCGACGCUGACCCAGAAUUCCAGGAUUUCGAAGCUAAAGGCUACCCUAAAGAACAACCAAAGGAAGUGAAAAAGGUGAAAAAAGUGAAAAAUAAGGGAACCCGCUACCCAGGAGGUGCUCCUCCAGCCAAGGACAAUGCUGAAGCUAAUGCAGUGGCAGAAAAGUUGGAAUCAACCAAGGUAUCGGACCAAUAG